AUGACGCAUAGCUUGUCCGGAAUGUUUCCUUCGGUUGAACUGUUUAAGGAGUAUCAAAAUGCAGCCAUGGCGAUUUUGGAGAAAUCUGAUUGUACGAUGAUCUCUGGAAGUCCUUUUAUUAAAAAGUCAGGUUGGAGGAAAAUAUCGUUUUACUUCAAUGUCUCAUACGAAAUCAAAGACAAGAACGUUGAAUUCGAUGAAAAUCGCAAUGUUCAGCGUGCUGAAUUCGUGGUUCGAGCUUAUAUGCAAGGUGGGAGAUUCUCUGAUGGAUGGGGUUCGUGUGAGCGGAGGGAGAAGAGAUUUCUAAAACCAAACCAUGAUAUCCCUAGUACAGCUGAGACUAGAGCUAAGAACAAAGCUUGCCAGGAUGUGCUAGGAAUUGGGGAGUAUCGUCCUGGUGCAAGCCAAUUUCAGCGAUAGAUAGUCAUAUUCAUUGAUCCCAUUCCAUGGUCCAAUUAAAUUCUGACAAUCACCAUUAUAACA